AUGGCGCAGCAUGACUUUGUCCCUGCCUGGCUUAACUUCUCUACACCCCAGCCUGCCAAGUCCCCUGCUGCCACCCUUGAUAAACAAGGCGAGCCCCACCACCACAGGGAAAGCAGAAAUGCUGUGAGCCGCCGCCGCCACAACUCUUCCGAUGGCUUCUUCAACAAUGGCUCCUUGCGCGCUCCAACAGGUGAUGGUUGGCAGCAGCCCUCGCUCCUUCUGAGACAUGACUCUGUGGAUUCAGGUGUGGCCAAAGGAGGACACAGUGGUUUAGCAGGGGGCUCAUGUUGGAAGGAAACACCAAGCUGGCACGGAGGCCCACGGGGCGCCCAGGACGGCCACCACCACCAUCAAGGACGACACUCUAAAAGGGGAGGGGGUGACAGGGACAGGCAGGGAGGGCACAGGCAGCGCAAUGGGACCUUCCAUCCCCGGAAGGGCACCUCCUACCAGGACAAAUUUCCCAACGAAGAACGUAAAGACAAUAAGGAUGACAAGCUGAAGUUUGUGGAAGAGGACUUUCCUUCCCUAAACCCUGAAACAACUGGAAAGCCCGGUACUCAGAUGAGAGCAGUGGCUCCCCAUGCUGGAGUGUGGGAAAAUCCUCCAAGUGGCAAGCAGAUGGUAUCCAAAAUGUUAGUUAUCAAGAAGGUUUCCAAGGAGGAUCCCAGCACCGCUUUCUCUGCUGGCUUUGCCAGUGCCGGCGCAUUGCCUGCCAACGCCGCUAAAGCUCCCAUCCCGGGCUCCAGCGUCUACAAGAAUCUGGUCCCGAAGCCCGCUGUGGCCCCCACAAAAAGCACCCAGUGGAAAGCCGGCGCAAGGGAAAUUGCCAAGUCUGGCCGUGAUUCUGUCUUCACCAACCCCGUCUCCGCUGCUAAACCCAGCACCCCGGUCAGUGCCCCACAGCACAAUACCCCAAAGGAGAAUCCUUCCAGCACGACACCUCCCAUAGACAUUGCCCCGUCGAGGCUGAAACUGAUGCGCCGCGGUCCUGACCGAAAGAGUGACUUUUUACGAGCACUGAAGGAUGAGGGCACUGGAGAAAUGACAACAAGCAGCAGCCCGGGAACAUCAGGAGAGGGUGAAAGCAGCACCCCAGAGCCCAAACCCUACAGCGAGGACGUCUGCCAUGAAAAUGGUCUGUCCUACUCACUCAGCGACUCUGACACAGAACAUCUGUCCAGCUCCUUGGAGGCUGAGCACAGGUUGCUGAAGGCGAUGGGUUGGCAGGAGUACCCGGAAAACGACGACAACUUCCUGCCUCUAACAGAAGACGAGCUGCGAGAGUUUCAGACAAAAACCGAGCAGCUGAAGAGGAACGGCUUGCAAAAGAACGGGGUUCUCCCAAGGGCGCGGGGUGUCACCCUCCACUUCACCCCCUGGAGGAGUGUAGCGGAGGCCCACGUGGAGGAGGGCUCAGAGUCAGAAACCAGUAGCAGCAGCCAGACCUCGGACGACGACGACUGCAUCAAAUCCUAA